GGCGAAAUCUGAUCGAAUUGUUGGUUGCCGGCGGCAAGGGCUGCGCAAUCUCCUCUUCUUGUACGCCAUGAAUUUGAUGGAGAAGAUUGGGCUGCUGAAGAAACAACCGGAAAAUCCGGUGYUGGAAGUAGCUCCGGUGUCUGUGUCGUGGACUGAGACCUCCGACACCAUCUCUCGUCACUUCCACUUUCAAAUCGAYGGCCAACUCUCCGUGAAGGUGCUUAAUGAUUCAAGACCAAUUGUCCAUAAAUUUGCUGAAUCUUUGGUUAAUACCUUUUUGCCAUCUGGUUAUCCAUAUAGUGUUAAUGAAGGAUAUCUUAGAUACACACAGUUUCGAGCAUUACAACAUUUCUCCAGUGCAGCAUUAUCUGUGUUAUCAACUCAGUCACUGUUAUUUGYUGCAGGAUUGAGACAUUCCCCAGCUCAAGCAACGGCAGUUAGUUGGAUACUUAAAGACGGUAUGCAGCAUAUGGGAAAGCUAAUAUGUAGCAAUUUAGGUGCAAGAAUGGAUUCUGAUCCCAAACGGUGGCGGAUUUUUGCUGAUGUGCUUUACGACUUGGGCACGGGUUUGGAAGUUCUUUCACCUUUAUGUCCACAAUUGUUUCUUGAAAUGGCUGGACUUGGGAAUUUUGCCAAGGGAAUGGCCACGGUUGCUGCAAGAGCGACAAGAUUGCCGAUUUAUUCUUCAUUUGCCAAAGAAGGAAAUCUUAGUGAUUUAUAUGCAAAGGGAGAGGCGAUUUCCACCGUAUUCAAUGUGGUUGGAUUGGGAGCAGGGAUUUUGUUAGUUUCUAGCAUUUGUUCAUCAAUGCARGGGAAGAUGGUUGUCGGGCCUUUCCUUUCUGCAGUACAUGUUUAUUGUACAUACGAAGAAAUGCGAGCUGCUCCGGUCAACACAUUGAAUCCACAACGAACUGCAAUGAUCAUAGAAGAUUUCUUAGAGACAGGAAAGAUAUCAAGUCCUGCAGACCUGAGGUACAGAGAAGAUCUUCUGUUUCCAAAGAGAGUUAUAGAAGGAGCUGGAAAUGUGAAAGUGGGCAGAGAUUUGCAUAAGGUUAUAAAGCCUUCAAGACUUGAGCAAUUUAAAGAAAUCUUUCCAGAUGAAAAAUUUGUUUUGGAGUUCGGAAACCGAUGGACAGACAUGGUGUUAGAGCAGAACGCUAGCGGCGAAGAUGCAUUACGAGGGUGGUUGGUGGCGGCAUUAGCUUCUCCAGUGGUGGAAAAUCGGGAGGUAGAAAUGGUGGAAGUGGCUUAUGAGAAGAUGAACACCAUGAUGCCUAGAUUGCUGUCGGAACUACGGGCAAAAGGGUGGCAUACCGACCGUUUCCUAGAUGGAACCGGUAGCCGGUACGGUUUCUAGUCUUGAAUCUGUCACAAAGGAAUGUUACUAAUGGAACAUGUAGUCAUAAAAUAAGAGGGCCCAUUCAUUGAUGAUAUAUAAUCCCAAUAUGUAAGGUCUAUGAGUCAUCUCAGAAAAAAAAGCUGGUUUGACUGAUAGUGGGCCAAKAAAUAUUGAAUGGUGAUGUGGGCUGGUCGGAAAACUCUAUUUAUUCUGGUGUGGAUGGCAAACCGACCUAUAUUUCUUGGUUAUCCAUUAAGCAGAAGRAAUAUUAGUUMACAUAGACCUCAAAGGGGGUCGUAGUGACAAGGCCCGAGCGACUGUUUACCAAAUAGUAAAGRCAAAUCUCUUAUGAUACACCAAUUACACGAGCUUUAUGUUGUAAUUACGUUUAUACGUAUAUGCRUAUUUUAGAUGUAUAUAUGAAUUUGUUUGCCAUUUA